AUGGCUGAUUAUCGAUUGUGUCCACCAAAAGAAAUUCCAUUAAAACCUGGUGAUGAUAUUUGUGCAUUAGCAACAUGGGCUCAAAAUGCUACCACUGUAGCUGGUGGAAAUGGUCAAGGUUCUGAUCUGAAUCAGUUAGAUAUCCCAUAUGGAUUCUUUGUUGAUCAAAAUCAAAGUGUUUAUGUAGCAGAUUUUAACAACCAUCGUAUAGUCAAAUGGGAUCGUGAAGUUUCAAGUGCUCAAAUAGUCGCAGGUGGCAAAGGACAUGGACUUGAUAGUAAUCAAUUAGACUCUCCGAUGGAUGUAUUCAUCGAUAAAAAUGGAACAAUGUACAUCACUGACAGAAAUAAUCAACGUGUUCAACGAUGGUCUCGAGGUGCUCAAAGUGGAGAAACAAUUAUUAAAGAUAUCUUUCCUGUUGGUAUAGUACAGGAUGAUCAAGGCGCACUUUAUGUAUCUGAUGAUAUAAAACAUGAAGUGAGAAAAUGGCGCGUUGGUGACACAAUUGGACAACUGGUCACUUCAGAAGUUGUUGAUCCAGGUUUAUUGUUCGUUGAUCGAAAUCUAGCUCUCUACGCGGCUGAUAGGGGUAAUCAUCGAAUAAUAAAAGUGAAUGAUGGAACAACACAAAUCUCGAUUGUUGCUGGCGGAUCCCAAGGUGACGACACUGAUCAAUUAGGAUACCCAGACAGUGUUAUUGUGGAUGAGCUUGGUACUGUCUAUGUAACUGAUACUGAUCAUGAUCGAAUAGUGCGAUGGCCACGUGGAGCUAGAUCUGGCAGUAUUAUCGCUGGUGGUCAUGGUGAAGGUUCUCAGUCUGAUCAACUUUGGAGUCCCAGUGAUUUAGCAUUUGAUCUUGAUGGAAACCUCUAUGUAGUGGAUUCUAAGAAUUUUCGCGUACAAAAAUUUGCCAUUGAUAAGAGUUUGUGCUGA